GGAACAUGGAUGAUCAGCUCCGAAUAGCGUACGGAGAAAGAUAUCAAAACGACGAACCUGGAUUCGCACAAUCACACAGUAAUCCAUCAAUACAAGCGGCGUCUCCGGUAGCACGAUCCUCUGGCCAAUUCGUCCCUCCACCUAUCAGCACAACCCGCCAAAAGAUCCAUGAUAAGCAUAGAGAAAAACCUAUAUGA